AUGUCAUCAUCACUAUCAGCUGUAUUCGAUCUCAUUAAUACGUUACCACCGCCAACAAUAGCGUCCUCAAUAAUUAGUGGUUUUAAUAAUGUACAUACAAUUAGCAAGCUAGAAUCAUUGAAACAUAUAGCAAUAAUCGCUAUUAUAUGCUUAUUAAUUGGUGUAAUGAUUGUUGCAACAUUAAUUGGCAAUUCAUUAAUAAUUAUGGCUGUAUUACUAGUAAGAAAAAUGAAAUCUCAACCAUCCAAUUACUUGCUUGUUUCCCUAGCAGUCGCUGAUUUUUGCGUGGGUCUGCUUGUAAUGCCUAUUGCAUUAAUUGACUUACUCACUGAUCAAUGGAUUCUUGGUGGAAUGGUGUGCAGAUUUUGGACAUCAGCUGAUUUAACCCUUUGUACAGCUUCGAUUGUAAAUUUGUGUAUGAUAAGUGUUGAUCGGUAUUGUGCAGUGAGUCGUCCGUUGCGGUAUGCAGCCCAACGUACACGGCAACGUAUACUUUGCUAUGUGAUGCUUGUCUGGAUUUUAUCUUUUAUUGUUAGCAUAUCUCCAAUUGUUGUUUGGCCUGUAAAUAGUGUGGAAGGAAAAUGUCAAGUGAAUCAAAACCCAGUUUAUCAAAUUUAUGCCACAAUAAUUGCAUUUUACGGUCCGACAUGUAUUAUGAUAAUAUUGUACGCCAAAAUAUGGUUAGCUGCUAAGCGAUUAGCUCAGCGAGAUCGAAUGAUUCAAAUGGAAACAAAUGGAAAUAUUUCAGAGAGUAGUAAUCUUGUAGAAGAGCAUAAUUCAGUGCAUUUAAAUGAUUCAGCGCAUCAAGAUCAACGUCGCCAACAGCGUCCAUCAGCUAUAUUACAAAAAUUACGUUUGAUACAUGCGCUUAAAGUUCAAGACAAAGGUGAGGGUAAAGCACGCAAAACACUUGGAAUAAUGAUGAGCGUCUUUGUAAUAUGCUGGUUGCCAUUUUUUUUAUUGGCACUUUUGAAACCUCAGGGACUACUACCACCAAAUUGGUUAGAUCAUUUAACCCUUUGGUUAGGAUAUUCAAACAGCUUGCUAAAUCCACUAAUUUAUUGCAAAUAUAAUCGUGAGUUUCGUAUUCCAAUUCGAGAAAUAAUAUGUUGCCGUUUUCGUACCCUCCCUUCAGUAAUGAGAAAAGAAAGUUUUACUACUAAAUAUGGUCCUUCAAGGUAA